AGCGCGUCGUUGGCGGAUUUUGCCGAGUGGAAGCGGAAAAUAGGAGCGUAGACAAGAAAUACUGAGUGAGGCGAGGCAGAAGAAGGCUGCAGAUCCAGCAGGAGUCCGGAGAAGGAAGCCGCCGAUGUCAGGAGGAGGAUGCCAGCAUGCGGUGCUUACUGAGAUGAGAAAAGAAGAUCUUAAACUGAUUGGAAACCCCUGCUGCUGCCUUCACUGACUGUGGGAGGCAUUUCAAACGUCUCACCUGGGAGAGGUGAUGCAGGAUUGAGUCACAUGCUACUUCAAGAGUGAUCAGCAACCAAAGCUGCGGGAGCCCCUAUUGCUGUCUGGACUCUAGUUCCUCUUGGGCGUUGAGCAGAGCAAACCUCUGCAAGAACUCUGCUCAUUACGCGACAUAAUUGAUGUUUAUGCUCUGAGGACCCAGAGGACCUCUGAGCGGCUGUAGGGAAGCUCAGAAGGGAUGGGGAAUAAAACCUCCAGCUCGCUUAAGGAUCCUGACGGCAGGACUGCCGACAUAGAGGAAGAGGUGUUCAUUAACAGCAUUGCAGGAAGGGCCCCCACAGACGCUCUGCAGGGCCCCAGCCCUAAGCUGUUAGCCUCCUUGCAGUCCCUUGGAGAAAACAGUGACUACACUGUGCUGCCACACUCCCUGCACCAGAUUGCAGAAGCCUACUCACUGAAAGGGGACUAUCCGUCAGCCAUCCAGUUCCUUCAGUUGGAGAAGCUCUACCAUGAACGUCUACUGAGCAACCUCGCCGCCCUGCAGGAGAGCUGGGAGAGUCGAUGGGGGGAAAAGGAGGCCGAGAUCUGCUUCGGAACAGAUGGCGUCAGUCAAUCAAACAUGGAGGUACUGAGGGACAUCUGCAGGACACACCACAGACCAUCAGUUAAAGUAGACCAGAAUAAGAUAAAUGCAACAAUAAAUGACAAUCACAGCAAGAGUAAGGAGCUACAACCCUACCAGGAUGAAGACCAUGUGACGGCUCACUGCGAUGAGGAACAGGAGCACAGCCUGAGCUCAGAGCCAGAGCCUUGCUCGGAGCAGACGGCCCGAUGGGAGGAGGACAGAGGAGCGGGAGCUUACGAGGAAGGGCGCGAAGUAGAGGAGGAACAGGUGGAGGAGCAGUGCGAGGAGACCCCAGAGGAGGAGGAGGUGAAAGUGGAAUGGCCAGCAGGUGUGCCUCAGGCCUCAGAGAAAGAGCUGGUCAAACUGUCCCAUAAAGAAGGGACCUCCCCUGAUGGUCUGGUCUCCAUUCUGAAGAGGAGGCGCGCAUCACUGGAUGGUCUGCCUCCUCCAAGUGACACCAGCUCGAAGCAGAACUCCAAACGCAAAGUUCGCUUCAGUGAGCCUGAAGAUGGCAUGGACCAAGAUGAUGUGGGUGGAAACUCCCUCCUUGUUCUGCUGCUGCUUUGUCUGCUCACGGUGGUGAUCAGCAUUGGGGGGACUGCCCUCUACUGCACCCUGCUGGGCACUUACUCCAACAUCUGCACAGACUUCACCCACAACGUUGACUUCUACGUCUCAAAUGUGCAGCAGUUCUUUGAAGGGGUCAGGCGCUGGCUGCCCCUCUGGACCGGAUAAGACUUUCCUCUGCGGACAGAAGAGACCCGACUUUUGGUUUCACCAGCGCUGACUUGAUGCAGCCGUCUGGAUGUUAGUCAAGCUAAAGUGCUUGGCUAACACUGCAGCAUAUCAGAGAAGGACUGGUGUGCAAAUCUCUGAAGGGAGACUAAAAUAAAAUGUGUACUACUGUUUUUGUGACCAUUCCAGACAUCACACAAAGAGGGCUAAUGACUCUCAUCCACAGCGCUGUGAAAAAAGUAUUUGCUCCCUUUCUGAUCUUUUCAUUUUUCGAUUAUUUCUCACACGUAUGUGUUUUACGUCAAACGUAUUUCUAUUCUUUAAAAACAUCUAUGACCUGGUGUCAAAAAGAUAUUGCCCCACAAAAGUAAAAGCAGGUUGUGCCACAUUCAGUCAAGGAGUGAAGUUGAUCUGUAAUCAGAGUGCUCCUAAGCAUUAGGUUGUGAAUCAAUGUCCAGUCCAGUUUUAUGUAUGGCACAGAAUUCUUUCAAUGAAGUGGGAUGUUUUUCUAGGACAUAGUCUCUGCAGAGCGGCAGCAGUUCACUAGAAAUUGUUUAUAUAUGUCCUCUAUUAGAAAAAUGCCACAAGAAAAUGUUAAAAACACCAAAAAGGCCAUUUUUAUCAGAGUGGGUCUUUAGUUCAAAUCCUGACGCACCAAAGUAAAUCCAGACAAAUGUCUCAUCAUCACCAUGUUUGAAGUGAAAAAAUAAAAGUUAGUUUGACUCUUGAGGACAUCUUCCCCAAUUUUUUCCUCAAAAGUCAGAUGAAUUUUGGUUCUUGUUUAAUAUUGUCACUGGAAAUGGACUUGUAACCUUUUCUGAUACAUGUCACCAAUUUUCUUUGUCAGUUGUGUGACGGUUUGGCCAGCGAUGAAACCCGGGAGCAGGAAGGACACGACUUAUGUCCUCGCAUUAGCGUAGGUUUUAAUAACCAGAAUAAACAAAACCAAAAUCAGGGAAAGCUCAAAGACACUCAGACACUGAACAUGUGAAAGUCACUCCUUUUAACCCUUGUGCUAUCCUAGGCACUUUAACAUUGGGAGUUGGGUCAUCUAGACCCAGUGUUCUGAACCUUUUUUCUUCAAUGAUUUGUGAUCUUCACUGGUGUCCAUGGAUUGUAUGAAAUUCGCUUCACCUUUAUCCACCUUUGUCAUGGUAGGGAGAACACGUCAAUGUAAGGGUGGGGUCGUAGGAAAACACAAGGGAUAUAGGAGCUUAAUGAGAAAUAGAUUGCAGCUGUGACUCUGACAGGAGACCUCAGAAGAGGGGAGUUCAUCCAGGAGAAGUCACAGCCUGCCAGACUAAUCAAAACAUAAAACCACAACAUGGGCAAAAUAAGCAUUUCAAAAAUUUUUUUUACCAUACAUGUAAAGUUACUUUUUAGUUACUGUUUUUCAGUCUAACAAUAAGUCUAAGAGUGACAAAGUUAAUUUGAAUCUAACUUCCAAAACCUGCCUGGCAAGUUUAUUCCUACCAGAAAUAAAAUGAAAUCCUCCUUUAAAAGAGAAUUUUAGGUUUUUUAGGGUUCAAUCGACUUAUAUUUUUGAUUAUUGGAUGCACAUAGAAUGCAACAAAAAAUGUAAGUUUUAUUUUUACAGUUGCUAAAAUUUUCUUACUCCCAAAUUGUAAAAAUCCAUCUUGUAUUGUGUUUUUGUUCAGGGUAUAAAUAACCAAAUCUUUAUUUUUUAUUUUUCUUGGAGCUCUACAUGUCCUUUGCUGAAGCACACACACAAAUAGUUUUAUCCUUUAACUUCAGUCAUAACCCAAUGUUUACCUCGGCUGAAUAAAACGCACAUUUUUUCAAUCUUCUUUAAAGGAGCAGCUAAAAAAAAUGAAACUGUGCCUUAUGAACAUGAUGGCACAGCACAUGUUAAUCUGCAUCAACUUUAUUCAUUUUCAUCCUUUUGUUGUCUAUGAAACAGUGACAGGUCUUUAAUUUCCUCCGUGUUGUACCCUUUUAUGCAUACUUUGUUUCUUUUCUUUUCUUUUGUAAUGAGACUUUAGGAUGCCAUAAAAUGUUUUUCUUUGUGUGUAAAUAGUAAAACAUUUUUAACCACUAGGCUGCAAUUCACCAAAACUGAAAAUAUAUUAAUUAAAUGUUGUAUUGUUCACCAAA